GCUGGCCCCGCUGUUGCGGUCCAGCCAAAAAUUAGUUUGAAUACAUAGGAGGUACAUCUCCGGCAGAGUGCGCUACAAAGAGUAUGUGAACCUACUGACAGUUCACCAUAGAAGGCAAACGAUGAUAUAGAUUUGACAGCAUUAUUCCAAGAUGGUGAAAUUUGGGUUGCAAUUUAAAGCAACACUAGAGAAUAUCACAAACUUGCAACCAGUUGGGGACGACUUCCGCUGGUUUUUGAAGCUUAAAUGUGGAAACUGUGGGGAAAUCCCGGACAAAUGGCAAUACAUCAACUUAAUGGACAGUGUGCCUCUGAAAGGUGGAAGAGGAAGUGCCAGCAUGGUGCAGAAGUGUAAACUGUGCUCCAGAGAGAACUCUAUCGAUAUCCUAAGGGAUACCAUCACUCCAUAUAAUGCAGAAGACAGCGACAGAUUCAAGACCAUGGUGCAGUUUGAGUGCCGAGGCCUGGAACCAGUCUCGUUCCAACCUCAGGCCGGCUUUGCUGCCCAAGGAGCAGAGUCCGGGACUAUGUUCCCUGAAAUCAACCUACUGGAAGGAGACUGGACCGAAUAUGAUGAGAAAAUCAACGAAUCAGUUGGCAUCUAUGAAGUCACUCAUCAGUUCAUCAAGUGCUGAGCUGAUGUAAACUCUAUAAAGACUGUGGCUGAUGCUCCAGUGAGUUGCCGGACCUUGAAGACACUGAAGCACUGGCUUUGAAUUGCUCCAGAUUCAAAAUGGCAGUGUUGGUAAAUGAGAUUCAUGACGUCCCAUCCCUCUUGUCAUACAUGGAAAGGAACGGAACGGAAUAGAAUUGAAUGACUGUGAGGUGUAGCGCCUCUGCUGUCAAUAAAACUUGAGAGGAAAAUGUCCAGUGUAAUUGUCUGCUGAUAUCUGAAAGAUAUCCAUGUUUUUUCAUCUUCAGCAGGAGUUAUAAGUGACCAUAGGCAUUUCUGACAGUUACAGUGUCGUACUCCUUGUGCAGCACUUUGGAAGGUGUAAAUUAGUACAGAAGAAAUGUGCCUGAAUUAACUUUUUCUAAUUUUAAUGACAUACAAAAUCCCGACCACAAAUUGUAGUCUUAUCCCUAUGGCAUUACUUAAUUUGUUACAUGAAGUUUGCAUUAUUGAAACACUCUGAGAGGUCUGAUGUCUUCCAUUCUUGUGACAUGGCUAGAGAUGACACUGAUAAUAGCCUCUUACUGAAUAUGUAUCUACCUGCUUGAUAUCCCAGUUGGUCUGUAGAAGAAAUUUCCAAAUGGCUUUUCAACUUUAAAAAUAUUUUGUCAAAAUAUGAAAAUUAGCAUUUAUAUUUUUCUCAUAAAAAUCCAUGAUACAUAUAUAGACCGAUAAAUCCCAAAUUUGGACAUGGUCUGGGCAUAACAAAAUAUAACCACUCAUUAUGGAAACAUUCUGUUACUGUUUUGGAUGUCUCUCACUUCAUUGUCAGUCACAUAUGCAUGGCGGUAUAAUAUAAAAUGCAAGUUAAUCUCAUUCUUCCAAAUAAAAAACUGUCUUCAAAUGGUGA